AUGGCUCUUCACGUGCCGAAAGUUCAGAAUUAUGCAUCUAUGCUAAAGGAGGGCACAAGGCACUUUGAAGGUCUUGAGGAGGCUGUUUAUCGUAACAUAGAAGCCUGUGUAAGUAUAGCAAAAACGACGCGCUCUACCUAUGGCCCGAGCGGUCAAAACAAGAUAGUCAUCAAUCACAUCGGGAAACAAUUUGUUACCAAUGAUGCUGCGACCAUACUUAGAGAACUUGAAGUUCAGCACCCUGCUGCCAAAAUGUUAAUCCUUGCAACUCAGCAGCAGGAACAGGAGGCUGGAGAUGGAACAAAUUUGGUUUUCCAACUAGCUGGUGCACUUUUGGAUAACGCUCGAGACCUCCUCAAAACAGGCUUAUCCGUUUCCCAAAUAGUUGAAGGCUACGAAAUGGCCGGGAAGAAGGCUCUUCAGUAUUUGGAUGAAAUUGUCGUCAAGGAGAUAAGUGAUUUAAAGGAUAUCUCGGAAGUCGCUCCUGUUAUUAAGACCUCAUUGAUGAGUAAACAACUGGACCUUAGUGAAUUCCUUUCUCAGCUUAUCGCGUCCGCAUGCAUUUCUAUAAUGCCCGACGAUGGCAAUUUUAACGUCGACAAUGUCAGAGUUCUGAAGGUUUUGGGUUCUGGUGUGACUAGUUCUACGAUGGUUCAAGGAAUGGUUUUUCGUCGCGAUGUCGAGGGCGAUGUUAAUACUGUUACUCAGUCAAAAAUUGCCAUAUAUUCUUGCCCACUAGAAGCCUUGCAAACCGAAACCAAGGGCACUGUUUUGCUUCACACUGCUGAUGAGUUGAAGGAGUUCUCGAAGGGUGAAGAAGGUCAAAUGGAAAAGAUCAUCAACAGCAUUGCCGAUGACGGUGUGAAGGUCAUUGUGUCUGGUGGUAAGAUUAGUGAGCUUGCGUUGCACUAUGCCAACAAACGUGGUCUUAUGCUGGUGCGUCUCGUGAGCAAGUUCGAUGUGCGCCGGCUUUGUCAAGCCACCGGUGCCACUGUUCUGCCUACACUCACUAUCCCGUCCCCGGAGGAGCUGGGCUUCAUAGAGCGGGUUCGUACUGACGAAAUCGCUGACACCAAUGUUGUUAUUUUUGAGCAAGGCUCAAGCAAGAAACCCAUGGUUACUCUGGUAAUCCGCGGUAGCACUGACAACAUAAUGGACGAUAUUGAGCGAGCCGUUGACGAUGGUGUAAACACUUAUAAAGCGUUGACUCGCUGUAAGAAGGUCGUUGCGGGUGCCGGUGCAUGCGAAAUUGAGCUUGCUCGCAUUCUUCUCUCUCUCGCCGACACUAUACCUGGUCUAGAGCAGUACGCCGUUCGCGAGUACGCUCGCGCCUACGAGAUUGUGCCCAAGGCGUUGGUAGAGAACGCUGGCGAGAAGGCGACCGAAAUAAUAGCUCAACUCUACGCCAAUCACCAGGCCGGCCAGAUUCACUCUGGAUUUGUCACCACGGAAAAGCUCGAUCCGUCCAUUCGCGAUGCCAAGGAGGCUAAUAUUCUCGAUCUUCAUGGAGCAAAGUACUGGGCCAUUCGUUUUGCUACUAGCGCUGCAUGCACUGUUCUUCGUGUAGAUCAGAUUAUAAUGUCAAGACCAGCUGGUGGUCCCAAGCCUCGUGACCCGCGUGCUCCAGAUGAGGACUAA